AAGACGAAAAACAAUUACAAUUUACUUCAAACACGCACAACACAACCACAUCAUCGUCUUCAUCGCUCUCCGACACUUGAACCUCUCAUGUUGUUCCUCUAGAAACCUCUUCCGCUCCACCGUGGAAUUUUCCUGCUUCUGUAGCACAAAACACACACACACACAAACUCUGCUUUAAUAUUAUUCACGCCUGUCCUUGUCGUGGUGCUGGUUACAAGAUAGGGUUUGCACUUUUUAAUCAGAAACUAGCCAUGACCAGGUACAGAAAACUACUGUGUUAGUUAAAAAACAUUCAUCGAUUAUUAGCAACUUUUUCAGUAGUAGUGUAGCCUUGUAGGUGAACUGUGUGUUAGGAUUUUGAAGUUUGAUUAAUAGCCGUGUGUAGAAACUAGAAAGGUUAGUGAUUGUUGUAGAAUCAAUGGUAGGUGUUGAUCAGAGUAAUAUGAAUAUGAAUCGAAAUAGUGGUGUAUUUGGUUCAUCAUCUGGGGGUGCUCUUAGACCCCCAAAUCGAUUGAAUAAUCAAAUGGGUGUUGCUGAGAACCAGAACCAGAAACCCUAUGGUAUGCCACCCUCACACCCUAAUACCAAUAUUUCACCUUCAUCACCUUAUCCUCAAUUUUUGGGCUCCCAAUCCCAAUCCAAUUCUGUUUCCCAGCGUUUGGGUUCUCCCAAUUUGAGUCCUGCGUCGUCCCAUUCCAGGUCUUUGUCUCAGCCCUCUUUUUUCUCUCUGGAUUCCUUGCCCCCAUUGAGUCCUUCCCCUUACAAAGAACCUUCCUUUUCCGACUCAAUUUCGACCGACGUGUCUGCUGAGGAAAGCUUGCCUACCUCUCAUGCCCCUUUGCCUAAUCGGGGUCAUGCGCUUCAGCUUGGCCAUUCUCUUCCUCCUCGUAAAGGACAUAGGCGCUCUAGCAGUGAUUCCCCUUUAGGAAUCGCUGAUUUUAUUCAGUCUGCCCCUCAGUUUGUUCCCUCUAAGACUUGGAGCAAUCGUGAAAAUUCGGCAUCUAGGGGAGGGAACUCUGGUUUUGAGAAGCCGAUUCAGUUAGUGUUAAAGGAACCGAUUAAGGAUAUGGACCGUGUUGAUGGUUUUGGUGGAGAACCUAUGGUUGGGAGGAAAGAGGAUGAUGCACUGGAUGAUUUGUUUAGUGCAUAUAUGAAUUUGGACAAUAUUGAUGGUCUCAAUUUUUCUGGUAUGGAAGAUAAGGAUUUGGAUAGCAGAACUAGUGGUUCCAAGACAGUUGAGAGCAGUGAUAACGAAGUUGAGAGUCAUGCAAAUGGCAAAGUGACUGGUUCUCAAGGGGCUAGUUCCCGCUGUUCUGAAGAGAGGAGGGAAGGAGUGAAGAGGAGUUCUAAUGGAGACGUUGCACCUGGUUCCCGACACCGGAGAAGUUUCUCAUUGGACAGCUCCAUAGGAAAUUUCCAUAUUGGAGAUGAAUCGCCUAAGCUUCCUCCUUCACAAAACCGAUUUGGUCAACACUCUCCUAGCAGUUCAAUAGAUGGUAAGACAUCUGAAACAAGCAUGGAGUUUGGAAAUGGUGAAUUCAGCUCAGAGGAGCUAAAGAAAAUAAAGGAGAACGAUAAACUUGCUGAAAUUGCCAUGGCCGAUCCUAAGCGUGCUAAAAGGAUUUUGGCUAAUCGUCUAUCAGCUGCUCGCUCAAAAGAGAGGAAGAUGCGGUACAUUUCUGAAUUAGAGCUCAAAGUACAAACACUUCAGACAGAGACAACCACAUUGUCUACUCAGUUUACCAAAUUACAGAUGGAUAAUUCAGAGCUGAAAAGUGAGAAUAAUGAGUACAAAUUGAGGAUUCAAGCCUUGGAACAGCAGUCCCAACUAAAAGAUGCUCUGAAUGAGACCUUGGAUGCUGAAGUGCGGCGUUUAAGACGCACAGUUGCAGAACUUGGUGGAGAGUCUCUUCUCUCAAGUCGCAUGGCUCAACAGCUUGCUAUUAGCCAACAAGUGUUCCAGUUACAGCACCAGCAGCACCCUAACCAGCUUAGACAUGUUCAACUGGACAAUAGCCAUUCCCAGGAGCAGACACAGACUCAGUCACAGUGCCACAAUGGCAAAGCUACUGCCUACUGAUUAGCACUCUGAUACCAUGUAUGCUCAAUGUUUGUGAUAUGAAUCUGAAUAGGAUAUUGCAUGACCAAACAAGCUCAAGUAAAAAAAAAAAAGACUCGAUUCUAAGAGAGGACCCGUUAACAAAAAGAAAAGUUCAAAAGAUACAAGAGGCAAAAGGAGUCUGUGAAUGCAAUUCCUAUCUAAUAAGGUUGUAGUUCGACUUGUGCAAGCCCAAGGAUAUGAUUAUAUGAAGACUCAAAAUAGUGUAUAAUUGUUAACUUUAUUGCCUAAGAUUUGUAGUUAUUAUUUGUAAAUCUAAUGAUGAUUUGAGAUAGAUUUCAUUAGAAUUUAUGAUUGAUUUUAUUAAGAUUUGUUUUAAUUGAUUUUUUAAAAUUUGUUUCGUCUAUUAAAAUGAAGAUUCUAUCAUUUGUUUGGA